GAUGGAUGAUCGGGGUGGUAGCCUACCCGGCUUGGAGUGUGCAUCGAAAUUUUCUGCUUAUUACUUCAUCGGCAGUCCAUGGGUUCGGACGCGUAAACCAACCGACGCAUACGGUAGAGUACCUAGUUGUAAUAGUUUUAUUCGAUUCACUUAUGUUGCUGCCAGUGAACGUUCCUCGUCGCGAUCUUGCCCAGAUAACGAUCCGUAGAUACUUUGCGUAAGACAACAGUUAUCGUGAGUAAAGCCAUCCCUAACCGCGUCUUAAAUCCGUUGCUAAUUCAAUCUCUUGAACGGUUGAACGGAGGAACUUCAGUUAGGCGACCCCAGGGUGCAUUAACCUCUUAGCUUUGGGUAGUUUCCGUUGCCAGUUUACACAAAGUGCCAUGUUCUUCUAGAAGGAAUCCACAAGUUGCGCAAAACCUUCUCGGUAACGUCGUAAGUGGCUUGUGACAAGUGCCAGAACUUUGAAAUUGGUGGUUUGUUGUGGUGAGCAGCGAGAAGCAAGAAAAAAACUGGAAGUUACGAUCCGGCGUUGAUUUAUAUGCAAGUACCGAACGGAUAUUCGAUGCAGUUUGCGGCCAGACGCUAGCAGCAAGAGUUGAUUGUGCAACAAACUUGGCAGAUUUUUUUUUCAAGAGCAUUAGUGUGACAUCUGGGUCAGUGCGAGUGAGGGUAGAACGGAAAUUCUAGAAGCAAAUCUCGAAGUGUCCUGAGACUGAGGCUGUGAGGUGUCGAAACUGCUGAACGAAAUCUCGAUCGAUUUGGUUGGGUGGAAAGCCGCAAAGGCACUGAACGGGUGUUGUUUAAUUAUGAACAUGAACUCGUCGAUAAGGCUAACAUCGUCGCUAGCAUUGGUCUGCUCAACGAAAGCCAUGCUUAGGGCUAAAAUGGUUAUAGCGCUGCUGAUGCUGUUUGCUGCUGCAGUUCAGGCCAAGGAGAUCGUUAUUAGGAAUAAGGAUUUCCCGCAGCUGAAAGAAAAACCUGAUUGGCUACGAGUCUGCCGGCGAGACAACCCCAACGAAGACAACUGCUUCAAGAAGAUGUUCGAGGAGACGUUUCCAUACAUUGCCAAAGGCAUAUCCGAAAUCGGAGUUCAAUCGUUCGACCCACUGCGGAUAGAGUCCGUACAGGUUUCACGUGGUUCCGGUGCGUUGACACUCAGCGGAGGCUUCAAGAAGCUCAACAUCAAGGGUCCUUCCAAUACGACGGUGAAGCGAGCCAAUCUGGACUUCAAAACGCACGCACUGAACUUUGACCUGGAAAUUCCAAAGCUGAAGAUCGAUGCCAUCUACAAUCUGAAAGGAAACGUGCUUCUGUUGCCGCUGGUGGGCGAUGGCGACGUAACGAUGGUGCUGAAGGACGUUAAAACUUCCGUAGUGACCAAGUUCGGAGUGCGGCCCUUGCCCGAGGACGCGAUCUUUAUCGAGGAGAUGAAAGUCACCUUUCUGGUUGGCGGCAUGCGCAUUCAUCUGGAUAACCUCUUCCAAGGCAACCAGGUCCUAGGGGCGUCGUUGAAUUUGUUCUUGAAUCAGAAUGCCAACGAGGUGAUUGCUGAGCUGCGAACGGAUCUCGAGUACGGGCUGGCAGAUAUCUUCACCGGGCUGUGGAACGAGCUGUUCAACAAGUUGCCACUGAAGCUGUGGAUGGUGUGAUAAUACUAGGUGACUGAACAUAAAAGGUAAUUGAGAGCAAAAGUGAUUGAAUGCUUACAAAGUACGAGAACGUACGUACAAUUUCCGUGUAAAUAUUGACCAUAGUCGAUUGUGAUCUUGAGCCCUAAUGGUUGUAUGUUCUUUUUAUUAUUUAGUUUUAUAAGUGUCAUUUGAAAAGUUUCUCUGUUUUUGGAAGAACUAAAACUACUCUGACGUAUUUGUUGUUAGAACUAGAUUAGCAAAAUUAUUCUGUAAAUAGUAUCUAAUGGUAGAAUAAAUCGUGUAAUUUGUGA